UUGUUUUUUCUGCUAUGAUUUAAUGAUCUUAAUCUUCAUUCUUUCUUAGGAAACGUACAUUUUACAAAAAUGGAUAAUAAUAUCAAAGAUGAUGUGAUUGAUCUUACAUCUUCUUUUACAUUAGUCGAUCAUCGCGGUUUCUCAAACAUUAUUAUUGAUCUCGAUAGUGAAGAAUCUUUUAAUUCAUCUUGCCAAACUAAAAGCGUCGCAAAGAAACAUUCACAAGUCUAUGACUUAACAGAGGGUAUUGAAGAGAAUUCAAGUGAAAUAUGUAAGAAAGAAAAACCAAAAACACUUUUUAACAUUGGUGAUUGUCCUAUUUGUAUGGAAGAGCUUGGCAAGGCACCAGUGUCUUCCACAAAAUGUGGUCAUAUAUUUUGCAGUAACUGCUUGGAACAGUCACUAAAAUUUGAAAAACGAUGUCCUACUUGUCGAAAAUCUCUUAAAGGAAAAUUAGCAUAUCAUGCUUUAUAUUUGAGCAGUGAUUAAUAUUUUUUAAGUAAUUUUCAUUAAUUCCAUUAUUUGUGUAUAUAGAGCCAUAUGGAAUGUACUUCAGAUAUAUUGUCAAAAGAUAAAUGAAACGGACAGAACUUUUGAUUUUGUUAUUUAAGGAUUUUGUUUAUGAAAUUUGCCUUUGUAAAUUUUGGUAAAUUGACAAGGUACAUUACAGCUACUUAUUCUAGAUAUAUCUUUAAAUUAAAAAGUUAUAGUAUAAUUAUAUAAAUAAAUAACUAUUUAAAAAUAAGUGUGUUAUAAAUGUAAAUUGUUUCUAAUGUGUUGAUUUAUAUGUCUAGGUUUAUAUUUUUUCUAUUCUUCACAAAAAAAAAAACAAUCAGCCUUAUAAACUUUGAUGUGAUUAGUUAAACAAAGCCAUGUCUUCUUCAGAAUGUGAAAUCAUUAAUGACAGGAAGAAAUCAGUGAUUAUCUAAAACAAUCAGCCAAGCAUUGUUUAAAAGGCUGAUAUUUGUUAUUAGAGCAAAAAAUACUUCUGGUCAUAACAAUUUUAAUUAAGAAUGCCUGUAACAAAUAAAGUAACUGAGAUGUAAUGCA